AUGCCGAGGGCUGCCGUCGGCAUAGCCCUGACCCUCGGCAUAGCCUCUAGGGUUAUGACCAGGCCGGUCGAGUUGGUCGAGCCGGACCCACUCAACAUCUCCACGCACAACUCUCCCCCGCGCGCCGCCAGGAGCUGCUCUCCCGCUGCUGCUCGCCCCCGCCGCCACCCUCCCUGCCUCGCCGCCACCCUCUCGUCGCGCCGCCCUCCUAUCGCGCCGCCCCUCCCCGCCUCGCCGCCACCCUCCUCGUCGCGCCGCCCCUCCUCCCCCCGCCGCUUCUCCCCCUCCGCUCCUCCCCCGCUGCGCUUCUCCCCUGCCGCGCUACUCCCCUGCCGCUGCUCCCCCACCCCAUCGCGCUGCUCUCCUCCUCCUCCUCGCGCCCGGCCCGCCGUCCCCUGGCCGGCCUCCUCCUCGCGCCCCGGCCUGCCGUCGCCCUGCCAGGCCCUCUUCCCUGCAUACGGCCAUGUCGUGACCGCCUUGUCAUGA